ACCGCUGCUGCCUGGUCACUCUAUCGCGUCUGACGCCUCGCCAUUUUUCAAAUCCAGUUAGCGACGCCAAAAACGGCACUUUCCUCGUCCAGAUUAUACAUAUUAUUAAAUUGCCAGAUAAAUAGUCAACUGCGCUCCAAAAUCGUCGCCAUGCAGCGCCACAAGGAACUAUACAAAGAACAGUCGCUGGUGCUAAGCCCGCGCAAUCACAUCCAGACCAAUAGGGAACGACAGCAGGAGCGGCGCGCCAAAAACAGAGAAGAAUGCUUUCAAAACAACCGUAUAAUUAGUGUCAGUCCCACUCCGGUCAAAGCCAAGCCCCAGCAACAUGCUGAACCACAGCAACAGUCACCGACACCAGUGGCUCCCAAAGAGAACGAGGCUCCGGCAAGUGUGCAGGAGCAGAAUGUAGGCCAGGCGGUGCCGCCGAAUAAGAAAGACGGUAAAACAGCUCGCCACCAGCAGUUUUUGGAACGCUUUAAAAAGUGGAAUGCCGCCAGGAAGGAGGAACACAAAAUGCAAGAGCUGUUGCGUCGUGGCCAGCCCGUUAAGCCAACUUCUGGCUUGGCCAUUAAGCCAGCUUCUUCGAUCCCCACAUCGGCGGUAUUCCGGCCUCCCGUCAUAGUCCAGCAUCCGCCCCAGAAGAAGGAAGACGAAAAUGAGCCCGUUUUCAAAGCACCCAAGAAACGGCAGUCGCUCUACGUCAUUGUCAAUCCCAAGAGCAAGGUAAUGGAACAGAAGAAAGUUGCCGCAGCGCCUCAGACGAGCAGGCCUAAAAUCCAGCCGGCUAUUCAAUCCAAAAGGCCUAGCAAGCCAGCAUUUUCAGUAACGAAACCAGCGCCGCCAAGGAAGAUGGCUUCUGCUGCUCCUCCAGCCAGGCAAGCAUUUGUUGAGGCUCCUGUGGCAAACAAAAGGGUGCCUUCUGCCAUGCCGGCAAGGAAACCAAUGACAUUGAGCAGGUCGAAGACAACUGUACAGACUCAGCCUAUUAAAGCCAAGGCCAUUGGGCCAGCACCUAACCAACCACGACCGCAAGCCACCAGUCUUCGUCCUAGAGCGCCUGUUACGCCUGCUACUGCGACCAAAAUGCCUCCACAAACCAGUGGCCUGAAGACCCGGGAGAAUGUAGCAUCCGCUAAGCUAACUGCUGCAGCCCAACCGCGUCCAAAACUGUCCAAUGUCAUGACUCAGCCGUUCGAAAAGCCCAUCUUGAACAGAGCACCAACCGUAGGUCGGGCAAAUAUAGUGAAGCCACAGCCCGUACGAGGCGGGGCCGCUGGCAAAUUCAAAGCGGCAGGUAUGGCCAACAAAGCCGCUGGUAUAGCCAACAAAGCGGGAGGUACAGCCGCUAGGACAGCCCAUCAGUCCAUUCGUAUGAAGGCCACCAAGGGAAAGAGCAACUACACAAGACUAGAGGAGAAUGCCCGAAAGCUGCCGCAACUUAAGACAGAACUGGUUCUAGCGGUGAGUAAUGUGGUUCCACAUACGCCACUGGAGGAGGACCAAACAGAAAAUCCUUUCCUGGCCCAGUCCACAUCCACACAGUACAGGACCAACAAUUGUAGCGGCAGUCUCCAAGAGGCCUUUGGCGACGUCACCGCCUUGAGUCCGGUGGCAUCCGGCAAAAAAGUAGGAGUCAAUGUGGCUAAGAGGCAGCUAUUGCCCGAGGGUAACUCUAAAAAACCCACUUCGGGAUCCAAGAAGAAGUUCAACUUUACGCGCUACUCUGUUGCCAAUUCAGAGGCGGAUGAGUCGUUGGCCUUGGAGCCACUGCAGACAACAGUUCAAGGAGAUGACAUUGAAACCACGCUCGUCCAGACAGUGGAGAAGACACUGCCACAUUCCCUCCCAGCUCAAAAAGUCAAUGAAGCCACGUUCGUGCAGGCAGCCGAGAAGAUACCGGCGCAUUCUCUUCCAGUUAAAGAAGGGGACGGCGAAGUCACGUUAGUGCAAACAGUUGAGAAGACUCCUCCUCGCCGCGACUCCGAGGGCAAGUCUAACUAUCUCAGUCCCUUUGUGAGUGUUUCCCGCGGCAAGGUGAACUCCCGUAGCGAACGGGAAAAGCGGAAUAGCUUUUACUUGCAAGACGGGGAGACGCCGGCGGAAGUACGACGGGCCAUUGAAUCCGUUAUGUACUUCCGGGUGCAGCUGGAAGAGGAAAUCGCGCGGCUUGAAGCACUCUGCAGAGAGUGGGAGGCGUACAGCAAGGCGAACGAGGAGCGUCUGCAGGAGACAGGCGGCGGUGACAUGGUCAACGUGACUGUGGGACAGACACGCCUGCUUACCACGAAGAAGAUGAUGCAGUUCAAGGGCCUGAUUGAUCGCUGCGAGGCUGGAGCUAAAUGCCAGAACCAACUACCUAACGAUGGGAGCGAAGACACAAAGCCAGUGCAGCCCGAGGAUCUGGAGGGCUGGUGGGACAUGCUGCGGCUGCAGAGCGAAAACGUGGACAAGCGCUUUGCGAGCCUAGAGCGUUGGAAGGCGAACGACUGGCUGGACCCGGAUGCAGUGCUGGAAGAAGCAAAGAAACUGGAUCAGGCGAAAGCCAAGCCAAAGGCAAAGCUUACUCGCAAGGUGAAUAUGAAAGCAAAGGCCAAGCCCAGCAGCAAUUUGCAGCAGUUCCUCCGCAAAGCCCAUGCUAACAUGAAGAAAUCCAAGCUGGAGGAGGCGCCACAGGACGAUGGUAUCCCACCGACGCCGUCGCGUCGCAGCUCGCAGCGCGUGAUAGUGGUGCGAGACCGCAGAUCCUUCUCUCCGGCUCGCACAGUUCUUCGCAUGUCCACUGGCGAAGGACGCUCCUCCAUUGCACCCAAUGCUCUGCUGAAAACAGCCCUGAUAGCCGCUGCGGAGCAGAACGCUGUCGACAGGACGCCGCCGCCGAAAUCUCGCCCCUCCAUUCUGAAGACACCGGGCACCACGAAACGCUUCAACCGCGGUGUCAUCUUCAGUGCCAAGAAGAGCGUUCGCCGUUUCCAGUUUACUAUCGAGGAGGGCAAUAUCAGCAGCGAGGAAAAGGAGGGUGCGGACAAGCUGGAGGACUGCGAGGAAGAUAUGUCCCUGGAGACGUCCACUGAGCGUAGAUCCUUGGAUCAGGACAUGACAGCGACCGCCCAUGAUGGCGACGGACAAACUCCUCGGACUUACGGGCUGCGCAACCGUAGAGUCCGCCUCCGUCCGUCGUCGGAGUUUAUGUAAAGUUGUUUUAUUUGAAUAUUUAAAAUCUAAUUAGCGUUGUUUUUAGUUUUAUGUUACAUAUCAAGAUUUAAUUAAUUGUAUAAUUGUCAAUUUGCGCAGAGGAAAGCAUGCUCAAUACGUAACAAUUGGUUUAUAAUAUUAAAUAAAUUAUCAA